AUGGUUGCACCUGUUGUAUCUGAAUCACGAAGUUCUGGUAUAGAAGAAACAAACGAGCAGCAGCAGCUUGCAAGAAGACGAACGAUACAAAGUGAUUUGGUAGAUAUUGAAGCUGAGUCGAUUUCCAGUGCGUUGCCUGAGGGAUUCAACUACGAAAAAAAGGCCACAACAACUCGGUUUCUUAACAAGACUCAAAAAUACUAUCCUGUCAUACUAAAUAUAACCCAUGCUGCGAUUUGGGGUGUUUUAGUACGUAAAGGGUUGAUGCUGCUUACGACCUAUAAUGGAUCAUUUCUAUCUGGUGUGAUUUGGGCGAAUUUUGCAGCAUGUGUAGUUAUGGGAUUGGCUAUUGAUGGUGAAGUCUUUUGGAUCAGAUUAAUAGAGGAAGGAAAUUAUCCCAACAAAGGAGCAAUUCCAGUUUAUACUGGACUUACAACGGGGUUUUGUGGAACAGUCUCGUCGUUUUCCUCGGUGAUACUAGAGGCUUUCAACAAAGCUGCUGAUACUGAUAUUGGAGUGCGCCAUCACUAUCCCAAUGGAGCCUACGGUAUAAUGCAAUUUCUUGCAGUGAUUCUAGCACAAUUUGGAUUGUCCAUCAUGGGCUUCCAUAUGGGGAAACAGUUUCUGGCCGUUGUGGAUAACUAUUUGCCACUGGUGACCAAGCGUACUUACAAAGUGUUAGAGUUAGUUUCGAUCAUAUUGGGGGUUGUUCUUGUAGUGAUAACUUGUGUUUUGAUUGGAGUUAAGGAACAAGGUAGUUGGAGAAGUUGGACAUUUUCGAUGCUUUUCGCUCCUUUUGGUGCCCUUUUGAGGUACUACUUGUCCAAGUAUUUGAAUAAUAAAGUUUCCAACUUCCCGCUAGGUACAUUUACUGCCAAUUUUGUUGGGACUUUGCUACUAGCGGUUUUCACACUUUUGGCAAGGGGGAAAUUGCCUGGGGGUAAAGGGCGUAUUGUUACCAAUUCCAUUGCAUUGCAUGUUUUAGAAGGAUUAGAUGAUGGGUUUUGUGGUGGUUUGACGACUGUAAGUACAUUUGUGGUGGAGUUAUUUGGGUUGAAAACAUUGUUCAGCUACAGGUACGGAACGAUUUCAAUUAUGGUUUGUUUUUCAUGUGUUGUUCUUGUUUUGGGUUCUUAUAAUUGGACUGUUGGGCUUGAUUAG